UUACCUCUCUCCCUCCCUGAUUGCUCUCAAUUCUUAUCAACUACAAGUCCGCAAGGGACAAGCCAACGAGUCAACAAACAACAAGCAGCAUACUUUCAAGAGAUUAUGGACCGACUACGCCGCCGGAAGCAACCCAAAAUCACCACUCGUGAAUGCGAAGAGGUUAGUAGUAUUGAGUGGGAGAUUAUUAAAGUGACUGAACAGGAAGAAGAUCUAAUCUACAGGAUGCACAGGCUUGUUGGAGAAAGGUGGGAUUUAAUAGCUGGCAGGAUUCCAGGCCGGAAAGCAGAGGAAAUAGAGAGGUUUUGGAUAAUGCAAAACAGUGAAGGAUUUGCCCAGAGACGAAGAGAGAACAAAGAAAACAUCUCUAAAAGUAUUUGGCCUUUUGCCUUUAAUGGCUUUAAAUAGCUUCUUUUAAGUAUUUCUUUCAUUCUUCAUUUUUUUUGUCUUCCACAUCUUGUGCUGCAGAUUUGAAGAUACUUGUCUCUCUCUUUCUCUU